AUGAAGCCUCGGGUUUGUCGCACUCAAAUAUUCACUAAAGUUUAAAUUAAGUUGAUGACUAGGUAAAAUCAUCUUAAGCAGAAAGCAGAAUCUAAGCAGAAAAGUGAGAAGAGAAAGGAAGAAUCAGUAUAUGGAAUCAUUUACACCUGUCAGGAGAGAUCUAACUCAAUCUCAUCUGAAAUAUAAACUCCAUGA